AUGUCGCCUAUUAAAAUACUUCUGGCAAUAUUUCUGUUGAACUUAUAUUCAUCUUUGGCAUAUAAAGAUUAUAAAAAUUAUAAAAUCUAUGAUAUUAUGGCUGAAAAUGUGGAGCAAUUGGAAAUGCUGCAGGAAAUUGUAAAGUUAAGAAAGAAUUUUGAUUUUCUACAUGUGGCUAAACAACCCAACAGCCUUAGCAAAGUUUUAAUACCGCCUAAUUUGGAACAAGAUCUAUGUAUAGUAUUACAUAGAUAUGCCUUGAAUUAUACACUGUUAGUGGAAGAUGUUGCUGAAGUUAUAAACAAAGAACGUGAAGAAAAUUCCCCCGAAUCUCCACCAACUUAUCCGCUAAAUGUAUUUGAACGCUAUUAUCGACAUGAAGAAAUUAAUGAAAAUAUGGAAUAUCUAGCUAAAUUAUAUCCCUCUCGGGUAUUUGUUAAAACAUUUGGUUGGACUUACGAACAUAGGCCUUUGAAAAUUAUCUCCAUUACGAAUGGAGAUGGUCGUAAGAAUAAGAAUAUUAUUUUCAUUGAUGCUGCCAUGCAUGCUCGUGAAUGGAUCACUCCCUCGAUGGCUUUGUUUAUAAUGAAUGAAUUGUCUGUGAAUUAUCAGACACAUGAAAAGUUGUUGCAAGAUUUUGAUUGGAUCAUUAUGCCGAUGGUAAAUGCCGAUGGUUACGAGUAUUCCCAUGAAGAGAAUCGUUAUUGGCGUAAAACUCGUCGUCCUAGUGAUUUGUCUUUAGACUGUUAUGGUACGGAUCCUAAUCGUAACUUUGGUUAUCAAUGGGGUUUGACUGAGGGGGCCUCUGCCGAUCCCUGUGAUGAUACUUACUUUGGUGAGAAAGCAUUUUCUGAACCCGAAACUCAAGUAGUGCGGGAUAUUAUGAUUAGUUAUGCGGAUCGUAUGAAAUGGUAUUUGUCAUUGCAUUCUUAUGGAAAUUAUAUACUGUUGCCUUAUGGUCAUACCGAUGACUUGCCCGAAAACUAUUUCGAUAUGAUGGAUGUAGCAGAUGCGGGUGCUCUAGCCAUAAUCAUGUCCACAAAUAAUAUUUAUACUUACGGUAAUACGUAUAGUGUCAUGUAUCCAACAUCCGGAGAUUCGGCCGAUUAUGCUAUUGGCUUCUUAAAUAUACCCAUUGCCAUGGCUAUCGAGAUGCCUGCUGGUGGUUUUUCCGGUUUUGAUCCACCCGUUAGACAAAUCGAAGAUAUAGUCGAGGAAACAUGGAUUGGCAUAAGAGCUAUGGCUGAGGUUGUUGUGGAUAAAUAUUAGUUUAUUAAUGGGCA